ACACAACCUGUCAUUCUUUAAUGAGAGAAAUAUUUCUUUUAUAUAUAUUUUUAUUUUGCCUUGUUUUUUUUCGGUAUCCAAUCACAGGGAGCUGCAGCGGAGGAGACGAGCCGUGCAAACUGAACAAAUGCAUACAUCAACCUUCGACAGGAUAGUUACAAUAAUAAAAAAUUCACCAAUAAAGCGUUAAUAUGUAAAUUUUUUUCGAUAUCGUGAGGAAUUCGUGCGGCUUUCGUGCUGGAAAAAUUAAAAAAAAAAAAAAAAUAACAGAAAAACAAAAAAAAAAAUUAAAUCAUGUCGAAUGGAUACACCCUGUGAUUUUGUUUCGUGGUGUUGAAUAAUUAAAAAUUCGUUAUUUUUUUGCACCCAUUCAGUUGUGAAUUAAAAUUGUUCUGUGUAAAACGAAUGAGUUCAGUGAAAUAAAGUGGGAAAAAAAAGAACGAGUAUUUAUUUGUUUUACUCGUUACUUUCGUGCUUCACGUCAAAUUUUUGACAGAUUUAGCGGUAGGCGGUGUCGUUUGUGGUUCGAGGUUUGGAUACAUCGAAAUGGCAGUAUCCUGCCCAGAAGUUAUGUACGGUGCUUAUUAUCCAUAUCUAUAUGGCCGUGCUGGACCUAGUAGAUCAUUUUAUCAAUAUGAGAGGUUUAAUCAAGAUUUAUACUCAGCAUCGGGAGUACCAUUGGCAUCUUCCAGUGCAUCAGGCAGUUCUCAUUCGCCAUGUAGCCCAAUUCUCCCGCCUUCUGUUAGUGCAAAUGCAGCAGCGGUAGCGGCUGCAGCAGCGCAACAUGCGAAUACCAACUCUAGUUUAUCAGCGUUACCAAUAGGAAGUAGUAAUUCAAUACAUAGUAGAACAUUAACCAAAGAGGAGGAUCUCGCGACGACGCGGAGUGAUAAUGAAGGUAGACUAGUCGGAGCACAUCACAAUGAUUCCUCAUGUUCAUCCGGUCCCGAUUCUCCUCGCCAUCAAUCCAGCUCAAAAGAUCAUCCCCUAGACAGUGCGAGCAGUCAAGGUCAUCAAUCGAGAGCACAAUACAUUUCAGCAUCCUGCGUUGUCUUCACAAAUUACUCCGGCGACACGGCAAGCGUUGUCGACGAGCACUUUUCUAGAGCACUUAAUUUUAGUAACAAAGAAAGUAAAGAAGCAUGUAGUCCAAUGUCAGCUAGAAACUUCCCACCUUCGUUUUGGAAUAGUAAUUAUGUGCAUCCUGUGCCGGCACCAACGCAUCCUCAGGUUAGCGAUUUGUAUUCGACUGAUGGCGGUUACACCACGGAUCCUUGGGUGCCGCAUGCGGCACAUUAUGGAUCUUAUGCACAUGCAGCGCAUGCUCAUGCGGCACAUGCGCAUGCCUAUCAUCACAAUAUGGCGCAAUACGGAAGCCUACUGCGACUGCCCCAGCAAUACGGUCAUGGGUCGAGAUUACAUCAUGAUCAGCAAACAGCUCAUGCGUUGGAAAGUGCGGCGGCGUACUCAAGCUAUCCCACAAUGGCAGGACUGGAAGCACAGGUACAAGAAUCUUCAAAGGAUCUCUAUUGGUUCUAAAUUUUUGUAGGAACAAUAUAAUACUGUUAUACUGAGAAAUGAGUUAUUUUGAAAGUUAUGUCGUUAAGGGUAAGCUAAAUAUAAUACAAAGCUAAUUGAAAACCCUAACGUUUUAACUACAAAAAUGAUGAAUUACUUUUUUGGAAAUUUAAAAACGCUACCGACACCGUUUCCAUGUAAAAACUUUGUUGCGUUAGUGUUGGAACUCCCAUAAGCCGUUGUGUGUUUAAAAUUUGACAGCUGAUGGCUACACAGUUUGUUUAACGUUAGUUUGGGAGAGGCUUACAAAUUUUCCCAAAUUGACGACGCAUGGCAUUUUUUGCAGUCGACGUUCAGGUGAUUUUAGUUAUGAGAAACCCCAAGCUGUCGUUGGUCUUUUUCAUACCAAAUCGAUGUCAGCAGCGUUAUUAAUCCACCGAUUUCUUUACACCUCAUUGAUUUUUUACACAACACGUUUCCUUUUUUAAAAUUUUCAAUUUUAUUGUUCAAAGUUUCUGGAAAAAUUUGUUUGAAUAGUCUAGUUCCUUUAACCUAUUAGAAGCUUGGUUAAGGUGUUUUUCUUUCUCAUUUUAAAAUUUUAUUUCGACACAGAAUAACUCAUUUCUCAAUAAUAUCAUUGAAAGACAUUACUAAAAAAACUGUUAUAUGAAUAUUAUUCUCAUAGCAUUAUUACCAAUAAGAAAAAAAAAACAA